AUGAACUACGUCCAGCUGGAAAAGCUUGGCGAGGGCACGUACGCGACCGUGUACAAAGGCCGCUCGCGCCUCACCAAUGAGAUUGUGGCGCUGAAGGAUAUCCACCUCGACGCCGAGGAGGGCACGCCGUCGACGGCCAUUCGUGAGAUCUCGCUCAUGAAGGAGCUGCGCCACACGAACGUCGUGCGCCUCCAUGACGUGAUCCACACCGAGUCGAAGCUCAUGCUCGUGUUCGAGUUUAUGGAGCAGGACCUGAAGCGCUACAUGGAUGUCCACGGCAACCGCGGCGCGCUCGAUCCAGCGACCGUGCGUAGCUUUAUGUUCCAGCUGCUGAAGGGCACGGCGUUCUGCCACGAGAACCGCGUGCUGCACCGCGAUCUCAAGCCGCAGAACCUCUUGAUCAACAAGCGCGGCGAGCUCAAGCUCGCCGACUUUGGUCUCGCGCGCGCGUUCGGUAUCCCUGUCAACACCUUUUCGAACGAAGUGGUUACGCUGUGGUACCGUGCACCGGAUGUCCUGCUCGGCAGCCGCACGUACUCGACGAGCAUCGACGUGUGGUCCGCGGGAUGCAUCAUGGCCGAAAUGAUCAGCGGCAUCCCGAUUUUCCGCGGACGCGACAACACCGACCAGCUGAACCAGAUCAUUCGCAUCCUCGGCACGCCCGACGAAAAUACCAUCAAGCGGAUCCUGCACGAUUCGCCCGAGAUCCAGUACCGCCCGCUUCCCCGCAUGCCCAAGGUGCCGUUCCAGCAGCUCUACCCCAAAGUCCACCCACUCGCGAUCGAUCUGCUCGAGAAACUCCUCAUGUUUGAGCCCGCGCAGCGGAUCAGCGCCGACGAGGCGCUGCGGCACCCCUACUUUACUACUAGCGCCGCGAUCUCGCAGCCGUACCCUGGUGCGACCGAGCUCGGUGCGCCCAGCGGAUACCAGAACCAGGCUGCCUACCAGGGCGAGGCCGUGUCCCAGGCCACCCGCGCCGCGUAG